AUGGCUACGAAAGAUCCAGCAACUGGUAAAGUUCCCGCCCAAGCUGGCGCUGGUGAACAACAGGAAUAUAAAAUUCGGAUUACACUAACAUCGCGCAAUGUGAAAUCAUUGGAAAAAGUCUGUGCAGAUUUGAUUCAAAAGGCCAAAGAAGAAGAAAUACGCGUCAAGGGACCUGUACGUAUGCCAACAAAAGUUUUACGUAUAACAACACGUAAAACACCUUGUGGUGAAGGUUCAAAAACGUGGGAUCGUUUUCAAAUGCGUAUUCACAAACGUGUUGUUGAUUUACAUUCAAAAUCGGAAAUUGUUAAACAGAUCACAUCCAUUAGUAUCGAACCAGGUGUAGAUGUUGAAGUAACAGUAGCCGAUUCAUAA